CUCAUCCCCUAUCUGAUGAUGCUGGCUCUAGCCGGGAUCCCCAUUUUCUUCCUGGAAGUCUCCCUGGGGCAGUUUGCCAGUCAGGGCCCCGUGUCGGUCUGGAAAGCCAUCCCCGCGCUGCAAGGCUGCGGCAUCGCCAUGCUGAUCAUCUCGGUGCUGAUCGCCAUUUAUUACAACAUCAUCCUGUGCUACACGCUCUUCUACCUGUUCGCCUCCUUCGUGCCCGUGCUCCCCUGGGCCUCCUGUAACAACCCCUGGAACACGCCGGACUGUAAAGAUAAAAACAAACUUCUGCUAGAUUCCUGCAUUAUUGGCGACCACCCAAAAAUACAAAUCAAGAACUCUACUUUCUGUAUGAGUGCCUAUCCAAAUCUAACCAUGGUUAACUUCACCAGGGAAGGAAACAAAACAUUUGUCAGUGGCAGCGAAGAAUACUUCAAGUACUUUGUAUUGAAGAUUUCAGCAGGGAUUGAAUAUCCUGGUGAGAUUAGAUGGCCCUUGGCAUUAUCUCUUUUCCUGGCUUGGGUGAUUGUUUAUGCCUCCCUUGCUAAAGGAAUCAAGUCAUCAGGAAAAGUUGUGUACUUCACAGCCACAUUCCCCUACGUGGUGCUCAUCAUCCUGCUCAUAAGAGGAGUGACUCUGCCCGGAGCUGGAGAUGGCAUCUGGUACUUCAUCACGCCCAAGUGGGAGAAGCUGAUUGAUGCUAUGGUUUGGAAGGAUGCUGCCACUCAGAUUUUCUUCUCCUUAUCUGCAGCAUGGGGAGGUCUAAUUACCCUCUCUUCAUACAACAAAUUCCAUAAUAACUGCUACAGGGACACACUGAUUGUCACGUGCACCAACAGUGCCACCAGCAUCUUUGCAGGCUUUGUCAUCUUCUCAGUGAUUGGCUUCAUGGCAAACCAGCUCCAAGUGAACAUUGAAGCCGUGGCAGACCAAGGUCCUGGGAUUGCUUUUGUGGUUUAUCCAGAAGCCUUAACUAGGCUGCCCCUCUCUCCCUUCUGGGCUAUAAUAUUCUUUUUGAUGCUUCUAACUCUUGGAUUAGACACGAUGUUUGCCACCAUCGAGACCAUCGUGACCUCCGUGUCAGAUGAAUUCCCCAAGUAUUUACGCACGCACAAGGCGCUGUUCACUCUGGGCUGCUGCGUGUCCUUCUUCAUCAUGGGAUUUCCUAUGAUCACUCAGGGUGGAAUGUAUAUGUUGCAGCUUGUGGACACUUAUGCAGCCUCUUACUCUCUUGUCAUCAUUGCCAUCUUCGAGCUUGUUGGAGUUUCCUAUAUCUACGGAUUGCAAAGGUUUUGUGAAGAUAUAGAAAUGAUGAUUGGAUUCCAGCCAAGUAAAUUCUGGAGAGUCUGCUGGGCAUUUGUGACCCCAACUAUUUUAACAUUUAUUCUCUGCUUCAGUUUUUACCAGUGGGAGCCCAUGACUUACGGAGCUUACCACUACCCAGGCUGGUCCAUGGUGCUGGGGUGGCUGAUGCUGGCCUGCUCAGUCAUCUGGAUCCCAGUUAUGUUCGUGAUAAAAAUGCACCUAGCCCCAGGAAGAUUUAUUGAGAGGCUGAAGCUGGUGUGCUCCCCCCAGCCCGACUGGGGCCCCUUCCUGGCCAAGCACCGCGGCGAUCGGUACAGGAACAUGAUCGACCCGCUGGGAACCUCCUCCCUGGGACUGAAACUGCCCCCCAAGGACAUGGAACUGGGCACCCAAUGCUAAUAAUCAUUACAAAAGGGU